AUGACCGGACCGUCGAUCCAGGACCGCACGAGCGAGUUCAGCUCCAUUCUGGGCCAAGCCCAAAAGCGCCUCGGCGCGUCGAAAGUCGGGUCGCAGCGCCAGGCUCUGUUGACGGACUCUCAACGGCGAGAGGCCAAUGGCUCACCAUCUGGCGUGCAGGGUAGCAAGGCCGGGCGAUCGGAAUUUGCGCGAAGAGCGCGAGAUAUCGGCAGGGGAAUCACUGGAACGACUUCGAAGUUGCAACGCUUGGCAGAGUUGGCAAAACGCAAAACGCUCUUCGAUGACCGACCCGUCGAGAUCUCCGAAUUGACAUACGUGAUUAAGCAAGACCUUGCUUCCUUGAACCAGCAGAUAGCAAGCUUGCAGACCCUGACUCAGGCACAACAUCCGAAGUCCAACCGGCCAAAGACGGAUCAGGAGGGAGAACACAAUGACAACGUUGUUGUGAUGUUGCAAGGGAAGCUGGCCGAUGUAGGAUCCAGCUUCAAGGAAGUUCUAGAGGUUCGGACCAAGAACAUUCAGGCAUCUCGAUCAAGGACCGAGAACUUCGUGUCUUCAGUAUCAUCGAAGUCGCAGACCGCCCUCGACUCCCAGCGAUCCGAUUCUCCUCUGUACAACACUUCUGGGCGACGCACCCCUCAACCGGGAUACCAAGGAAACUCAUCCGACCUCCUGACACUCGACCCAUCAAAUCCCUCGCCGCUAGGGCGCCCCUCAAUCCAAUCAGAUCAGCAAUUGCUGGUAAUGGAGGAGGCCCAAUCGAGUAACACCUAUGUCCAAGCUCGUGGCGAGGCCAUUGAAGCCAUCGAGCGGACUAUCAGUGAGCUUGGUGGUAUUUUUGGUCAGCUUGCCCAGAUGGUCAGCGAACAGUCAGAGAUGAUCCAGCGCAUCGACGCCAACACAGAUGACGUUGUGGACAAUGUGCAGGGCGCCCAGCGAGAACUGAUGAAGUACUGGACUCGCGUUUCCGGGAAUCGGUGGCUUAUCGCGAAGAUGUUCGGUAUUCUGAUGAUUUUCUUCCUUCUCUGGGUAUUGAUCUCGUGAUAGAACCCCUCCGACCCUUCUUUGAAUACUGUAUUAUAAUAAGUGGCUGUGUGUCACAGACAGACGACGGCCCCUCUGC